AUGGCGAUGGCAAGCAGACAACAAAGGGGCACAAAGUUGCCCCCAGAGGUUAAUAGAAUGUUAUAUAUCAAAAACUUGCCAUACAAAAUCACAACUGAAGAAAUGUAUGAUAUUUUUGGCAAAUUUGGAGCUGUCCGACAAAUUCGAGUGUGAGUUCAUUUCAGCAAACAUCAAAGGACUUAUUUAAAGUGAAAAUCGAGAAAUGAAAUAUUUCACGCAAACUUUUUCACGUUUCAUAAAAAAAAUAAUUUCUUUUUUUUAAUUUUCACAUUUCUUUUUUUCAGCGGAAACACACCAGAAACCAGAGGAACUGCUUUUGUUGUUUACGAGGAUAUUUUCGACGCUAAAACUGCCUGCGAGCAUUUAUCCGGUUUCAAUGUCUCCAAUCGUUAUUUAGUUGUUCUGUAUUAUCAAGCAACAAAAGCAUGGAAAAGAAUGGACACUGAAAAGGUAAAUUUGGAGUCAAGCCCCCUUUGAAGAAAAAUUUUCAAUAAAUUUCCCCACCCCAGCCACUAUAAGAUUUUGAUUCUAUUUUGAAAAUUUUCCAGGCUCGCGUUCAACUCGAAAGUGUCAAAUCUCGCUAUGGAAUUGGUGGAGAUCUUGACAAAGAAAAAGAAAAAAUUGGAAUCCACACACCCAGACGGAACAAUUGA